GGGAAGGACUAGCUUGGCAUGAAUUUAAAGCCUGUGGUCCAAGGUUUAGACCGUACAUGUUAAGAGUACAUUUAAGGCCAUGUUCACUGCCAUGUAGUGCACACAUUCACAGGGAAGGGCCGCAGAGAGAAAGUGAGAGAGAGAGAUAUGGUUUCUGGGAAGGCCAUUGAAGGAGCUCCUGUACCUGCCAUGCCAACCUCUGGUAGUGGAUUUGAUGGGGCAAAAGGACUAAAAGAACUAGCAAAGUUCGGCCUGCUUACAUCGAUACCCCCAACUCAUGCAUUUCCACUGGACCUAACCGCUUCUAACGUUUCUUCUUCAUCAGUGGAAGAGCAACUUCCGACCAUCGAUUUCUCAUUCCUGCAUGCCAAAGAAGCCACGCUAGUGAACCAUGGGGUGCCGGAAAGUUUGAUGAAGGGGAUGCUAGAUUGGCUAAAGACGUUUUUGAUCUUCCUGUUUGAAGUACACGGGGAAACAAGUUUUGGAUCCAAUCCGUUACGGCACGAGUUUCAACACACAGGUCGACGAGAGAAAUUGCAGCGGAAUACUCUUAAGAGGGUUCAACAAAUAUCUAGGGAACUAUUUAAGGGAAUCUCUGAAAGUUUGGGACUUCAAUCGUGCUACAUAGAGAGAGCUUUCAAGCUAGAGGAGGGGCUCCAAAUUUUAAUCUGCAACUACUAUCCUCGUUGCUCUCAACCAGAACUAGCAAUGGGCCUCACUCCGCACUCUGAUCAUGGGGGGCUUGCAGUAUUAAUGCAGGAUGAAGUUGGUGGCCUACAACUGAAACAUAAAGGGAACUGGGUACCUGUCAGUCCUCUCCCCAAUACCUUCCUUGUUAACGUUGGCGACCAUCUAGAGAUAUUGAGCAAUGGGAUGUACAGGAGUGUGGAGCAUCGAGCCGUGGUGAACGACGCAACAGCUAGGAUUUCGAUAGGUUUGGCUCAUGGACCGUCGCUGGAUGCUAGUGUUUCACCUGCACCCCAGUUGGUAGAGUACGGAGGCCAAGCGGUUGCAUAUCGUGAGAUGUCUUAUAGAGAGUACCUCGAGUUUCAACCGAGCCAUCGCCUUGGGGAAAAUCCUGUUUGAAUCUUGUGAGGCUUUAAAAUAGUCACUGUCAUUUUAAACUGUUUCACUACUCAUCAUGUGUUGUUGUAUAAAUAAGCGAAAAUUAUAUGUUGUUGUA